AUGGUCAGAAGCACGACUCCACAGGUACCCGCCUGGGGUCUGCAGCAGCAUCAUGUGCACGGAAAGCGUUCCUGCGUGUUUCAGCGUGUAUGUGGUGUGGAUCUGGGGCAAGUACUGUGCCGUUGCGAGGAUCGUGGACAGGAUACCACUGAAAUUGGCGAAGGCUACUGUCUUUUCGAAAUCAGCGUUGAAGAAGAGGAAGUAGGUGGCAAGGGCAGUGUUGAGUGCCACGUACAUGAGAAAUACGCGGUACGCCUUGGCGAUUUUCUCCUCGUUCGAGCCAGGAAGGUCUAUAGGGGGUCUUGUGAGGUACGCGCAAAGGAUCAGGAUGAGCGAGUAGCCAACGGCCUGGGCGGCGACCUGGAUGAGGCCAAGUUGGGAGUAGAUGCACUGGAACCUGCUGAGCUCGUUCAAACAGCAUCUGCGCGCGGGAGAGCUGACUAG